GACGCAGCUGGCGAACAACUUCCGGGGUCAACUCGUACAUGUUGUAGUGACAGCAUCGAUCAGUGAGCUCACAGCUGAUUGCAUUUCUUCAUCUUCAUCAGGAACUUCACUCUUCAUCAGUCUUAACUCACUUAAAAUGGUGUUUUACUUCACAAGUGCCGUGGUGAACCCUCCGUACACAAUCUACAUGGGAAAAGACAAAUAUGAAAAUGAGGAUUUAAUAAAGUACGGAUGGCCUGAAGACAUCUGGUUUCACGUGGACAAACUGUCUUCGGCUCACGUUUACCUGAGACUGCCAAAGGGUCAGACGAUACACGACAUCCCCCCAGAGGUGCUGAUCGACUGUGUGCAGCUGGUGAAAAACAACAGCAUCCAAGGCUGCAAGAUGAACAACAUCAACGUUGUUUACACGCCGUGGGCCAACCUGAAGAAAACCGGAGACAUGGACGUAGGACAGAUCGGCUUCUACCGACAGAAAGAGGUGAAGAUCGUGGCGGUGGAGAAGAAGAUCAACGAGAUUGUAAACCGGCUGGAGAAAACGAAAGUGGAGCGCCUCCCCGACCUGGCGGCGGAGAAAGAGUCGAGAGACAGGGAGGAGAGGAACGAGAAGAAAGCGCUGCUCCAGGACCAGAAGAAGAAAGAGAAGGACGAGCAGAGGAGGAAAAAGGAGAUGGAGGAACUCCGGAACUAUUCGUCACUGAUGAAGAGUGAGAACAUGCAGACUAAUGAGGACGGUAACGAUUCAGACGACUUCAUGUGAGCUAGGCGACCGAUGGGCGGCGAGCAGAACCGGAUCCUUUGUCCUCGCUGCCCGGCUGCUUUCCGCUUGCUGCAGCUCUGCACUGACAUUAAGGGGAAAGCGAUUUUUUUGUUUUUGCUUUUGGACACUUGGGAGCAGACAGCGCCGGGACUUUAAUCCAAGUGCUGAUUGGUUCGAGACUCUGCUCCCAAACCGAGCUGGCUGGCCUCGUCACCACGGGACAACGGGAACGCCGAGGAGUCAGGACUCAAAUAUAACAGAACUGUGUUUGUUUGGGUUGAUGGUGUCGACUGAUGUUGGUGUACGAUUGCGUGUUUUGAUCCCCCCGGAAGCCCUUCUGCUCACGUUCUUCAUGUUGUCAUUUCUCUGCAUGUCCGAUUUUAUUCAUUCAAAGUAUUAAUUAAAGCUACUUAUGUUGACGAGC